UGUGGCACAGAAGUAGCAGAGCGAGGGACAGCCCUGCAUUCCUGCACCGUCUCCUGCCCUGGCUCCUAGGCUGGAGGCUGAGUCUCAACUUGGGACAGGAACAGGGAGCGGAGAGCCAGUAUCCCAGCACCAGGAGAGCUGGCCCUGGCCGGAGCCUGCAGCCCAGACUCCACCUUGGUGCCGGUGCAAAACCGGCUCCUCCAGCCACUGUGUCCAGGCCACGAGGGGAUGCAGAGAGCAACUAAUGUCACGUACCAAGCCCACCAUGUCAGCAGGAACAAGCGGGGUCAGGUGGUAGGCACGCGCGGUGGCUUCCGAGGGUGCACGGUUUGGCUGACAGGCUUGUCAGGGGCAGGGAAGACCACAGUGAGCAUGGCCCUGGAGGAGCACCUGGUCUGCCACGGCAUCCCGUGCUACACCCUGGAUGGUGACAACAUUCGCCAAGGGCUCAACAAGAACCUGGGCUUCAGCCCCGAAGACCGGGAGGAGAACGUGCGGCGCAUUGCUGAGGUGGCCAAGCUGUUCGCGGAUGCGGGCUUGGUGUGCAUCACCAGCUUCAUCUCGCCAUACACACAGGACCGUAACAACGCCCGGCAGAUCCACGAGGGCGCCAGCUUGCCGUUUUUUGAAGUGUUCGUCGAUGCCCCUCUGCACGUUUGCGAACAGAGGGAUGUCAAAGGGCUCUACAAGAAGGCGCGAGCCGGAGAAAUUAAAGGUUUCACUGGCAUUGAUUCGGAGUACGAGAAGCCGGAGGCCCCGGAGCUGGUGCUGAAGACGGACGCCUGCGACGUGAACGACUGCGUGCAGCAAGUGGUGGAGCUGCUGCAGGAGCGGGACAUCGUUCCCGUGGAUGCCUCUUAUGAAGUGAAGGAGCUUUACGUGCCAGAGAACAAGUUGCACUUGGCGAAAACCGACGCGGAGUCAUUGCCAGCGCUGCAGAUUAACAAGGUGGACAUGCAGUGGGUGCAGGUGCUGGCCGAGGGCUGGGCCACCCCGCUGGGUGGCUUCAUGAGGGAGCGCGAGUACCUGCAGUGCCUUCACUUCGACUGUCUCCUGGACGGUGGUGUCAUUAACUUGUCAGUGCCUAUCGUCCUGACGGCCACUGAGGAGGACAAGGAGCGACUGGAUGGCUGCACAGCCUUUGCGCUGAUAUAUGAGGGCCGGCGCGUGGCCAUUCUUCGCAACCCGGAGUUUUUCGAGCACCGGAAGGAGGAGCGCUGCGCCCGACAGUGGGGGACUACCUGCAAGAGCCACCCCUACAUCAAGAUGGUUAUGGAACAGGGAGACUGGCUGAUCGGCGGGGACCUUCAGGUCCUGGACCGGAUCUACUGGAACGAUGGUCUCGAUCAGUAUCGCCUCACUCCCACUGAGCUCAAGCAGAAGUUUAAAGACAUGAACGCCGAUGCUGUCUUUGCGUUCCAGUUGCGCAACCCCGUGCACAACGGCCACGCGCUGCUGAUGCAGGACACACACCGGCAGCUGCUGGAGCGCGGCUACCGGCGGCCCGUGCUCCUGCUGCACCCGCUGGGAGGCUGGACCAAGGACGAUGACGUCCCCCUGAUGUGGCGCAUGAAGCAGCACGCUGCGGUGCUGGAGGAGGGGAUCCUGAACCCCGAGUCCACCGUGGUGGCCAUCUUCCCCUCCCCCAUGAUGUACGCCGGGCCCACCGAGGUCCAGUGGCACUGCAGAGCGCGGAUGGUGGCAGGGGCCAAUUUUUACAUCGUCGGUCGAGAUCCGGCUGGCAUGCCGCACCCAGAGACGGGGAAGGACCUCUAUGAGCCCACCCACGGCGCCAAGGUGCUGACCAUGGCCCCUGGCCUCAUCACCCUGGAGAUCGUGCCCUUCCGGGUGGCAGCAUACAACAAGAGGAAAAAGCGAAUGGACUACUACGACGCCGAACACCACGAGGACUUCGAGUUCAUCUCGGGCACGCGCAUGCGCAGGCUGGCGCGCGAGGGCCAGAAGCCGCCCGAGGGCUUCAUGGCGCCCACAGCCUGGGCGGUGCUGGCCGAGUACUACAAGGCGCUGGAGAAGGCGUGAGCGCGUGAAGACGCGGACCCGGGACCCGGGACCCAGGGGACCCCGCCACUCCCGGAGGCCGCCCGCUGCUUCUAACGUCGCUGUCCGCUCUGUGCUCACUGACCCUGCCAGCGGCUGGGCAGCCGCUUCUGUAUCGUGUUCCUGCUUCUGUCUCCCGGUGUCUGCCGGCCGUCACCUUAGUGAGUGGUAGCCAGUAAUACGGCCUCACUUUCUCCUCCCUUAAAGAAAAUUGCUAAACAGUAACCGUGGCUAGACCUUGUCUUGGAAAUUUUGCAAGACAGCUGUAGUGGUGAGAUGUUUUUUCCUACCUUGAAAAUGUUAACCGCUUCCUCUCUUUCUUGUUCACUGUUGAUCUUUCUAGCAGUUACAAAAUCUAAAACAUUCUUGAGACGAGGGUAAGCUCUGAACAGACUUCUUUAUUCAAUAAAACUACAUUUUUUGUCUUA